UGGUCUUUCAAAUUCAAUGGCGUGACUUUUUCGACCCUGACGAGGGACGCAAUUAAGCAUUAAGCAACCUCGAAAAGCGGAGCAGAUGGAGGUCGUGCCAGGGGUGUGACCAGACCAGACGUUUCAGUUCACGGCUUCUGCUGCUGCUUCUUUCUCAGCUUUUCUUCCUGUUAGGCCCUUUUUUCCUUCUGUUCUACAGAUUGUAGAUCUAACUCCAUGGAGGACCGUAAGGAGAAGAACGCCGGAUGGCUGUCUGUGCCACAGUUUGGGGAUUGGGAUCAGAAGGGACAUCUCCCAGAUUAUUCGUUGGAUUUCUCCAAGAUAAGAGAGAUGAGGAAGCAGAACAAGCGUGACAUCUCGAGGGCCAGUAUCGGCAACGAAAACGAGCUCAUCCCCGAUAAUCAGUCCAACAAUAACAGUGACCAUCGCCAUCCCCACAACCACAACCACAACCACUCUCCGACUACAAGGAGGAGCUUUCUCAGCUACUUCAACUGUUGUAUAAAAGCCUGAACUGUAAUGAGAUGCGAGGAACUAAUAUCAACAUCGUUUCCUUUUUAUUUUUCUUGGGUUGUUAUUUUAUCUUUCUAUAAGCUGGCAGAAUUUUGCGUUCAUGAGCAAAUGAUUUUUGAAUCUAUGGUUUCUGAAUGUUCUCCCA